AUUUUCCAAUUUUACAUGCAAAACAAAAAAAAAACCCAGUCCUAUUCGGCGACUAUUCAUCUCCAAUAUAUAUAUAUAUAUAUAUAUAUAUAUUCUCAAUCGUUUCUCUUUUCAUUCUCGAUUCUUCGAACAUUUCGAUGAUGAAGCUGCAUCGGCUUCCGGCGUUGCUCUUCGUCCUCAUCGUCUCCACGAUUCUCAUCGUCUCUAUCAAUCUCCGGCGAUCCUUCUCCUUCCCCGGCGCCGUCUCUGGCCCUGUCACCGACUUCUCCAUCCCUCUCCCCCGCCGCCACACCCAAUCCCUUGCCCUUCUCGAUCACCCCCUCCCUCUCCGUCUCCACUCUCAACCAUCAAUCGACGCCGUUCUCUUCCCCGAUUGGGAAACUCUAAUCCUCCUCCCUCUCGGCUUUCCCCCGCCGUCCACCCCUCUCUCUUGCCAUUUCCCCAACGGCGUCAUCUCCCCAGCCGUUCUCUCCGGCGUUAUCCCGUCCUCCGGCCGCCAAACUCUCCGCUGCUCCAUCCCUCCUUCCGCUCGCCGCCGCCUUUCUCCUCCCCAAAUCCCAGGCACCGCCCCGCCAUCCGAGCUUCUCCGAUGGAACAAACUCGUCUACGAAUCGAUCUCGAUUCCCGAUGACGUUAUCGUCUUCGCCAAGGGCAUCAACAACCGGCGCCAAGGCGUGAACCUCCCCGCCACCGAGCUCCGCUGCGUCUUUCUCUCCAUCGACGGCGCCGUCAUCGCCUUCACUCCCGUCACCAGCUCCGUCCAAGAGGUCUUCCGUUGUCCUCACCCCAACCUCAACCCUUCUUCCGGCGAUGCCCUCCGUGUUUCCCUUCAGCGCAACCGGGACCCGAGGGCAUUCCCGUCAUUAGCCACCUUCAAACCCUUCUCACGCGGGCCCCACCCUUCUGCGGCGCAGGAUAAGACGAGGCCGCUACUAGUGUGCGCAUGCACUAUGGUGCGCGACGUCUCGAAAUUCCUCGGCGAAUGGGUGACGUACCACUCGGCGAUCGGCGUUGACCGGUUCAUCAUCUACGACAACGGCAGCGAGGACGAUUUAGGAUCGGCGAUUAAUCGGCUGCUUCUAGAAGGCCAUGACGUCAGCACGGUUCUAUGGCCGUGGGCCAAGACGCAGGAAGCCGGGUUCUCUCACUGCGCGGCGGCGCAUCGAGAUUCGUGCGACUGGAUGGCCUUCAUCGACGUGGAUGAGUUCCUCUUCAGCCCGGCCUGGGCCGAGUCGGCCCGACCGAACCGUACCAUGGUCGGGUCCAUACUCCCGACCGAACCGGAAUCCGACCGGGUCGGUCAGGUCUCGGUUCCGUGCCGUGAUUUCGGUCCGUCGGGAAGGAAAGAGCACCCGAGAAACGGUGUGACUCAAGGGUACACGUGCAGGGCACGUGCGCAGGAGAGGCAUAAGUCAGUGGUGUUCUUACAGGCGGUGGCGAGAUCUAUGGUGAACGUGGUUCAUCAUUUCGGGUUGGGUGAGGGUUGGCGGACCGCAUCGGUUGGUUCUAAACGGGCGGUAGUGAACCAUUAUAAGUUUCAGGCUUGGCCCGAGUUCAGGACCAAGUUUAGGAGAAGGGUGUCUGCUUACGUGGCUGAUUGGAGGAAUGAGAUCAAUAUGAAUUCUAAGGACCGAACCCCCGGGUUGGGAUCGGAACCGGUUGAACCGGCCGGGUGGGAAAGGAGGUUUUGUGAGGUUAAUGAUACAAGAUUGACGGAGCUGAACCGGAAGUGGUUUGGACUUGAUCAGGGUCGGAUGGUUUGGGAGUAGUAUUUUUGAUUUUUUACGGCCGGUUUCAUAAGGUCAUAAACCGGAUUCAUCAGUCAGAGGAGUUUAGAGUGGUUUUUAAAAUUCUUUUCUUAUAAAAAUUAUUGUAGAUAAUUUGGUUUUUUUUUAUAUGAAUUUUUUCUGUACAUUUAUUGUUUAUGUACUUGUUGUGGCAAAUGUGUAAAAUAACUUGUGGUGUAUCGUGUAUGAGAUUGGAACUUUGGACUUAUUAGUGGGAAAGAUGGAAAAAAGAAAAGGAUAUUGUAUUUUUA